GAACGGUAGAAAAUAGUUUAGAUAAAGAUAUAAUCUGACUUUAGUGUUUCGCAGCUUCGCCCAGCAUAACUACAUUCAGUGAACAACAUUUUUGGUGCACACUGUCCGUACCUCUCACAGCUGAUUGUUGCAACUGUCAUCGGCAUGGGGGUUAUGGAUAAGGUGCCAAGGUCCCCAAUAUUCUGUUGAAUUCUAUUGAAUCCGGGCGUUGUAAUUUAUUAAUUAAGCAAAAGUAUGUUGCGCUGGUGUUAUCCCUGUGUUCGCCCAUUUCGAGAAAUAUUCGUGACUCACAAGCAAUUUACUGGGAAAGCAGCGAAACGCUUGUUCUGCUCAAAGGACCAACAAAGGAGUGAUACCGCCUUGGCUCAAGAACUCGAACGUCGACGCACGAAGAUUGACUUCACAGAAAUUAAAUAUCCAACAAAGGUUCCUGAAACUCCGAUUAGUUGCAUAAAUCUUGACAAGUCUCCGGACUACACCCCGUCUCAGAUAGUCGACUCGCAAACCCUGCAGCUGCUCGAACGCCUUUCCUUGGUGGAUUUGGAUAGCAAAGAGGCUUUACGAGCUCUGGAAGACAGCAUUGAAUUCGCCGAAAAGGUGGUUAAAAUACAUACCGGGUGUGUACGACCCAUGUACACUGUUCUAGAAAAUCACCCACUUAAAACUCGCCCAGAUAAGGUGACGGACGGUAAUAUCAAAGAGGACAUUCUGAAAAACGCCUCCGUUACCGAGGAAGACUACUUCGUUGCCCCGCCUGGAAAUAUACCUCUGGAGACAAAGGAGAAGAAGUUUGAUUGACAACUAUGCGUAAAUUAUCUGAAAUUUUAAGUAUCUU